ACAUAUAUUUGCACCAGAUAUUUUUGUUUGUCCAAAAAAUUAAAAAAGAGCCAAAAAAAAAUAAAAAUGGGUGUGAAGAAAAUGGAAGAAGAAGAAGAUAACAGAGGAAGAGGAAAGAGAUUGAAAUACACAAAUAUGGAUGAAGAAGAAAGCGGAAAUAUUGAAGUUCCUUCACAACCAGUUGGAUUUUUCUAUCCUUUAACGACGCCGUCUUCAAUAGUUGUCUCCGAUGCAUUAGAUCCUGAUCUUCCGGUUAUAUAUGUGAAUUCUGUGUUUGAAAUCUCUACUGGUUAUCGUGCUGACGAAGUCCUCGGUCGUAACUGUCGGUUUUUACAAUUUAGAGAUCCACGCGCUCAAAGGAGGCAUCCUUUGGUGGAUCCUGUUGUUGUUUCUGAGAUCAGAAGAUGUCUUGAAGAAGGUGUUGAUUUCCAAGGGGAGCUUCUCAACUUUAGAAAAGACGGUACACCUGUGGUAAACAGACUAAGGCUAGCACCAAUACAUAGUGAUGAUGGCACAGUGACCCAUAUUAUAGGGAUUCAAAUGUUUUCUGAAACAAAAAUUGACCUGAAUACUGUGUCAUAUCCCGUUUUCAAAGCAACUUGCCAGCCUCACUGUGACGAGUCCAGCGAAUACUCCAUUAAAAGCGGUAAUUUAUUGCAUUGUCAGCACCAUGAAAUAUGCGGUAUUCUUCAGCUCUCUGAUGAAGUUCUAGCUCACAACAUUUUAUCUCGAUUGACCCCAAGGGAUGUUGCAUCCAUUGGUUCUGUUUGUAGAAGGAUACGCCAAUUGACGAAAAAUGAGCAUGUUAGAAAAAUGGUCUGUCAAAAUGCAUGGGGAGCUGAUGUCACAGGUGUACUGGAACACAUGACAAAGAAGUUAGCUUGGGGGCGUCUGGCUAGGGAGCUAACCACUCUUGAAGCAGUUUGUUGGAAGAAACUGACAGUUAGAGGGGCUGUAGAGCCUUCACGUUGCAACUUCAGUGCCUGUGCUGCAGGGAACAGGCUAGUGUUAUUUGGAGGGGAAGGUGUUAAUAUGCAACCAAUGGAUGACACGUUUGUUCUCAAUCUUGAUGCUGCUAAUCCAGAGUGGCGACGAGUGAGUGUCAAAUCAUCUCCACCAGGACGCUGGGGACAUACUCUCUCAUGUCUUAAUGGUUCCUGGUUGGUGGUGUUUGGUGGAUGUGGGAGGCAGGGAUUGCUUAAUGACGUAUUUGUUCUAGAUUUAGAUGCUAAACAGCCUACAUGGAAAGAAGUAUCUGGUGGAACUCCUCCCCUUCCUAGGUCUUGGCACAGCUCUUGCACGAUGGAAGGUUCAAAGUUAGUUGUUUCAGGUGGAUGCACAGAUGCGGGUGUACUUCUCAGUGACACAUAUUUGUUGGAUCUCACCAACGACAAACCUACCUGGAGAGAAAUUCCAACUACGUGGGCUCCUCCAUCUAGAUUGGGACACUCACUCUCAGCUUAUGGGAAGACAAAAAUUCUAAUGUUUGGUGGCCUUGCCAAAAGUGGUCACUUGCGCUUAAGAUCAGGUGAAUCAUACACUAUUGAUUUGGAGGACGAAAGGCCACAAUGGAGACAACUUGAGUGUGGGGCGUUCACAGGAGUAGGAAGUCAAAAUGCUUUGGUUCCUCCUCCUAGACUUGAUCACGUUGCUGUAACCAUGCCUUGUGGCCGUAUUAUCAUUUUUGGAGGUUCAAUUGCCGGACUGCACUCUCCUUCACAACUAUUUCUACUAGAUCCUUCAGAGGAAAAACCGUUAUGGAGGACUCUCAAUGUACCCGGGCAACCUCCAAAGUUUGCUUGGGGUCAUAGCACAUGCCUGGUUGGAGGAACAAGGGUCUUGGUCCUAGGAGGCCAUACUGGGGAAGAAUGGGUUCUCAAUGAAUUAUAUGAAUUGUGUUUAGCAAGCAAGCAAGAUUCUGAUGCAUGAUCUGGUUAGUUGAAUUCGCACAGAAUUGAUAUAUAUUUUGGAGUGACUUUGCAUUUUAUUCAAGAACGAUUCCACUUUGUAGACACUGGAAUACACCUUGCCAUAGAUUUGAGUAAACCUUAUGCAGCUUGUGUAAAUAAGCUUUUGAUCUUGCUGUUUGUAGUCCCUUGUUUGUAGUAGCCUUGAAAUAUGUUUAUGCCUUUUGCUUUGUAUCUAUAUAUUCUAUUCACUGA